AAGGGCCCUAGUGGGAGGGAGAAAGGCUGUUAGGCCCAGAAUCGGGUUUCCUGAAAGGGCGGUCAGAGGCAGCAGUACACAGUGGUGAGACCUUGCUUCUACACCUGGGGCCCAGUCUGGGAGAAGGGAGGAGUUUCCUCUGCCUGCCAGCUGUCAGAGGCCAGGAUGCACAGACCAGGCCAGGGUCAAUCCCAAGUCCAGAUCCUCAACUCAAAGAUGUGGUGGGCUCCUCCACUGAGGACUCUCCCCUCAGCUGCCAGAGUCCACCUCCCCAUCAUCUCAGGGUCCCCUGCAAGCAGCUCCUGAGACUGCCCUACCCCAGCUUUUCCUCCUGGACUCAGCUCCCUCAUGGAGCUGCAGCCUCUUCCUAGCUUCCAGCUCCCUGAUAUGCCACAGCCCCAAGCCUGCAUCUCCCCACCAGUGACCCUCCAGCUCUGCCUAGCCUGCUGCACACCUUCCCACCCACCUGGCUGAGCCUUCUGCCCCCUUCCCCCACUCGACAGCACACAGCGGCUGAGACCCUCUGCUCCCAUGGCCAGCCCUGGGAACUUGGGAGUUGAGGGGGCCCAGGAGGACAGGGAGAAAACAGAGGGCUCUGCUGGGCCCAGGGCUGCGAUGCUGGAGCAGGCCCAGGAGCUGUUUUUGCUGUGUGACAAGGAGGCCAAGGGCUUCAUCACCCGGCAUGACCUGCAGGGCCUGCAGAGCGACCUGCCACUCACCCCUGAGCAACUGGAGGCUGUAUUUGAAAGCUUGGACCAGGCCCACACUGGCUUCCUCACUGCCCGGGAAUUCUGCCUCGGCCUGGGAAAGUUUGUGGGGGUGGAAUCGACCCAGGGCGCAACCCCCUCCCGGCCUCCGGAGGAAACCUUUGAGUCGGGCUGGUCGGCUAUGCGAGGCACCGGGGGCUCCCUGGAGGAGGAGGAAGAGGAGGAGGACGAGCGAUUCUACGCUGCGCUGGAGCAGCUGGGGGUGGCCCCGGUCCUGAGCGAACAGCGGGCUGUGAGGACGCUGUGGGUCCGGCUGCAGCGCGAACGACCCGAGCUACUGGGUCCGCUCGAGGAAGUUCUCACGCGCACGUCGGCCUGCCUGGAGGAGGCGGCCCGGGAGCGGCACGGCCUGGAGCAGGCGCUACGGAGGCGCGAGAGCGAGCACGAGAGGGAGGUGCGCGGUCUGUGGGAGGAGAUGGAACAGCAGCUCCGCGAGCAGCGGCAGCGUCUGCGCAGUCAGAACUGUCCCCGGGAGGAGCGGAGAGGACGCCUGGAGCUGGAGCUGCAGAGCCGCGAGCAGGAUCUGGAGCGCGCGGGCCUGCGGCAGCGGGAGGUGAGCAGCUGGAGCCCGUGUUCCCGGCGCCCCUGCGCUCCGAAUUUCCAUGAGGUCUGCCUGGAUCUCCGUGUCCCCUGCCCUGGGGCGACCUCGCCAGCCUCCGUCCCUCACCUCCAGUUGGAGCAGCAGCUGCAGGCUCGGGCCGCGGAGCAGCGGGAGGCACAGGCUCAGAACGCCCAGCUGUGGCGGGCCCACGACGCGCUGCGGGCGCAGCUGGAGGGGGCGCAGGAGCAGCUCCGCAGGCUGGAAGGCGACGCGCGCGGCCGCCGGGAGCAAACCCUACGAGACGUGGUCGCCGUCUCCAGGAAUAUGCAAAAAGAGAAACUCAGCCUCCUAAGGCAACUGGAGCUGCUUAGGGAACUGAACACACGGCUUCGAGAUGAAAGGGACGCCUGUGAAGCCAAGAGGAUGGGCAACAGGGGCAGGAAGGCUCUGACCACAGCCUGCCCACCUGGGCCCACCUGCUGCUGCUGCUGCUACUGGGCUCGCCCCCACAGACGUGGCUCGGGCCCCCUUCCCAGUGCCCGGUGACCAGCCUGAGUGACUCACUGGACUUUACCUGGAGAAGCUAAACCCUUGAAGGCAAUGUGUGGGCUCUACCCAGUGGGCCCUGGGCUUGUGUGAGAGACACAGGAAGGAACCAGGUGGUCAAGGUCUUCAUCCUGUCCUGCCCCAUCCCAUCAACUCUCUUGCUAGUCGGGAAAUAAAGUCCACUGGCCGCACUGUG